CACAAAGUUGAUGAUUAAUGUAGUGAAGUGAAUUUGUUUGAAAUCAGCCAAGAGAAGAACAACUGGACUUUCCGACCUAUUGAUUACUUUGACUUACUGCUGACUGGACUUUAUGCAUUACAAGGACUAACAAAUCAAAAGAGACAACAAACACUUGUCUCUGUCGUUCUUCACAGUCUUUGAGGACCAACAACCAAAGAGAUGGAAACAGAUUGUCUUCAGUCUGAGUUGACCUCAGUAGAAGUUGCAGAACCUCAGGAAAUUCAAACAUACCACAGAUGUAAUAUUGUGGCGUUCCUGAAGAGAAACACUUUUGUUAUUCUCACAGUUACAGCUGUUCUCUCAGGAAUUGGUCUGGGCUUUGCUCUACGACCCAUUCACAUGUCAGACAGGGAUGUCAGAUACUUAAUGUUUCCUGGAGAGCUGCUGCUGAGAAUCCUGCAGAUGCUGAUUCUUCCUCUCAUCAUUUCAAGUCUGAUUUCAGGCACAUCGUCUGUGGACAGGAAAGCUUAUGGGAGAAUUGGACUGAGGGCGGUUUGCUACUACCUGCUCACCACACUUAUUGCUGCAUUCACUGGCAUCGUUUUAGCCGUCAUCAUCCAGCCAGGGAACUGGUCCAGGAACACCUCGGCCUCCUCUGGUGGUAGAACGGAGGCUGUGCAGAGCGUGGACGCUGUUCUGGAUCUUAUCAGAAACAUGAUCCCCUCCAAUCUGGUUGAAGCUUGUUUCAGAAAGUUUAAAACAGUUUAUUCCAGGAGUGUUUCUACAGGAUUUAAUAUCACUGAGGCCGGUGAAGACAACAACACUGUACCAGUGCCGGGCUCGUCAGAUGGUAUGAAUAUGUUGGGGCUGUUGGUCUUCUCCGUGGCCUUCGGCCUCAUUCUGGGCAGCAUGGGGUCUCAGGGAAAACCUCUGAGGGAUUUCUUUGACUGCCUCAAUCAAGCUAUUAUGCAUCUGGUCAACAUAUUCAUCUGGUACUCCCCUGUGGGAAUCUUCUUCCUGAUGGCAGCGCAGGUGGUGAAGAUGACAGAUAUGGGAGAGAUGGGCCAGGAAGUAGGGAUGUUUACUCUCACUGUGAUUGCUGGCCUGCUGAUUCACAGUUUCCUCACUCUGCCCCUCAUCUACUUUUCUGUCACACGGAAGAAUCCCUUCAGAUUCAUGAGUGGUGUUCUGCAGGCUCUCGCUACUGCCUUUGGGACGUCAUCAAGCUCUGCAACUUUACCUGUAACUCUUCACUGCAUGGAGGUCAAUCACAGCAUGGACACACGGGUGACCCGCUUCAUGCUGCCUACUGGUGCCACUAUGAACAUGGAUGGUGCAGCCCUCUAUGAAGCAGUGGCAGCUUUAUUCAUAGCCCAGCUACAUAAUAUUAAUUUUGACUUCGGUCAAAUCAUCGUCCUCAGUUUGAUUGUUACAGCUGCAAGCACUGGUGCAGCAGGCAUCCCACAGGCUGGACUGGUAACCAUGAUGAUAGUGUUGUCAUCCGCUGGACUGCCCACUGAAAAUAUCUCACUGCUUAUCAUGGUUGAUUGGAUUCUUGAUCAUUUGAGGACAACCACCAACGUACUGGGAGACUGUAUUGGUGUCGGUGUGGUUCAGCAUCUGUCCAGACGUGAGCUGCAGAGCUCCGGGCCUGCAGGAGAAAGUUUGAUGGAAGAAAACCUCCAACUAUGAGUUUCAUGAUACUUGACAGAAUCAUUUUCUAUAAGCUUAUGAUUCGUUAUAGCAGAAUUACUAAUCAAACCAAACUUUCUGAGAUAAAUAUAUUUGACAUGCUUUGGCUUCACUUUUGAGCAGCUUGCAGUCUGUCGGCCAUGAUUAUCUACAAUCUGUGAUGUAUCCUAGCAUAACUCUGUUACUGUAUAUAUUUUGUUCUAUAUUGUUGUUUUUAUAUUGUUGUUUUAUGUUGAGUGCACCAACGAACGACACCAAAGCAAUUUCCUGUAUGUGCAAACAUACUUGGCAAAUAAAAGAAUUCUGAUUCUGA